GGAAGAUCAGAAUUUGCUUCGACUUCGCGAAUAAUAAUAUAUGAACGAAAUAUACACUGCUGCGGAAUAAUAUCUGAUUGUAAAAACAAUGGGGAUUCGUCAUUUGGAAACCUAUAUUUGCACUGAUGUUAGAAAAGGCUUUGUCAGCGUAAACAUUGAAUCUGAAAUAAAGAGGCAUUAUGCAGAACCAAACCCCAUUGCACCGAUCAUUGUAAUUGACCUUAUGGCCCUUUACCGUCCGGUGUCUAGCAUAGACUUUCCGGGAUUGCUAUGUGGCGGACGCUUUAAUCAAGUGACCGAUUUGCUGGAACAAUUUUUCGGAAAGCUACAAACCCUAAGAGCAAAGUUAGUAUUCUUUUUUGAUGGACCAGUGCAAAACACAAAAUACGAUACGUGGGUGAUGCGUCAAGACGAUAAGUACCACAAGAUGCUGAACAUCAUCAAUGCUGUAGAUACAGGGCGAGAUCUGACCUGGAUAGUCAAUCGUUUUCACCAAAUUAUUCCUAACAAUACGUUAUACCCACUUUUUAUGGUGGCACGCAAAUAUGGAGAAACGAUAAUUUCAAUAAUGAAUGAGUGCGAUCAGGAAAUGGCAGCAUAUGCUAAAAAGAUGAAAGCUAUGGCAAUAAUAUCGAACGACACUGAUUUCAUGAUCUACGAAGGCUUUUGGCGUUAUUGGUCUGCCAAGGAUAUCAAUUUUGACACUCUUGAUACAAAGGCCUACAACCGAGUUGCGUUGGUCAAAAACUUGGGAUUGUCUUUCCAGCAAAUGCGUCUUUUUGCCACAUUGGGUGGUAAUGACAUAAUAAAGUAUGAUGAGGUUCGGCAGUUUCACUCCACGCUAGGGCAACCCAGAGAUAAAUUCCCAAGGCUGGCGGAAUUUGUUCGAAGCCAGCCACUACCGAAUCGUUUGAAGAUAGGUGCAGUCCUAGAAAACUUGUUGUGUCGUGUCUUCGGAAGAGCUGCUGUUAAUGAUGAUCUGAAGGAACGUUUCAUAGCAAGUUUGGAUUUUUAUGAUACAAAUUACGAAAUCCACCAUACCAAUGACUCGAGCGAUCCCGUACUUGAUGCCUUGAUGAAAAUGAAUCAAACCUUCUGUUAUCAGGUGUGGACGGAUAAGCCAGUCAAUGUGACGGCGUAUUUUUUGGACAUGCGGAAAGGAGAAUUCGGAGAACACUAUCCAAGUUUGGUAAUCCAAUUAUUUAUGCGGCAAGCUGGUAUCAUUCUCUACCAUAAACGCAUCCUGUCGGACUGUUCGAAGCGAACAAUUGUAAUCAAAAUGAGCCAUGAAGCGGGAUACUCUUUUCAGGAAGUUUCAGUCCAGUUUCCAACGCAUGUAGAGCCACCUCUUUUGUUGAACAUGAUUACGCAACAAGAUAACGACCAAACCAAUUCGCUAGAAGUGGGAGUCCAGUUGUACUGUUGGAUAGCUUCUGAUAGCCUGGACUACCGCCGCUUGCAGCCGGUGCCGGAACAAUUAUGGGCUCCAGUGUUGACACUCUACUGCCUCGUGGAGAAGCAAAUGAUCCAGAUAGUGGAAGCCGAUACUCUGCUUCAAGUGGCACAUGACGUUGCGUUCCGAACAUACGAUGUUAAAGCCGUAUCAUAUCCCACAAAGCUCGCCAAGCGCCCGUUUCGAAUUGCUUUUCUCUUUCUGAAGAUUUACAAUCAUUUUAACAAAGCUGGGCGCCUAUUGGGAUUCGAAGAGCAACCGUUUCUACUUUUUGAUGGGGUACUAUUUCACAAUCUUUACGCGGAAUUGACAGACAGAGAAGAAAAGACCCUAGAUCAGAUUAAGGAAUGGAGAAUCUACGCAGAUUCGACUGGUCAAGUAAAAAAAUAAUAUAUUAUGAAUGUCACAUGUACACAUAAGUUCCAUUAAACAUGGAAAAUAAAUGCGUAUGAGGGUACCUGAUAAAUGAGUUCGGAAAUAUAA